AAGAUGGAGUGGGUGGUGAAGCGGAGGGCCGACGGAACGAGGUACAUCACCAGGAGGCCCGUCAGAAGCAGGAUACUGAAGGAGAGGGCCAGGCAGGUGGCAGAAGAGAGAUGCGGCAUCACAACUGACGACGAUGCAAUGAGUGAGAUGAAGAUUGGCAGGUACUGGUCGCGAGAGGAGAGGAAGAAACAUCUGGAGCAAGCGAGAGAGCACAAGAGACAGAAAGAGAAGUUCGAUUCAAUUCCUUCAAAACCUUUAUAA